CCUAGCCAGCCUCCAUCUCUGCUAGGGUCUCAUGCUAACUGUUGUUGGGGUAUCACUGUUUGUACAAAGACAUAAAAUACCCUUUGGUACAUGCACUGCGGCUCUCCUGAGACUCAUGGAUGUGAGUCGAAGCUAACGUGGUGAUUUUAAACCACCAUGAAUGAGAAAUCUUCCUGUAAAUGCCCUGGACAAGAGUGGAGCAGUUUCCAGUGACGUUCUCUGGAAUAAAUCAGAAGUCAAACUUUGUUUUGAUGAAAAGGACAAUCACGCCGCAGCAGGACAACCUAAAGCGCAACGAAACAGGACAGGAAACGUUUCCGCCAAAUUUGUCAAAUAGAUUUCACAAUUCAGAGCCAUCAAUGCCAGCACAUCAACAAGCACAGCAGAGCAGUGAAGCCUUUCAAAUGUUCCUAUUGUUGGUAGAGGUUUACCUUUCGAAACCCUCUGAUUGUUCACCUGCGAAGCCACGCUAAAGGGAAGCCUUUCUUCUGCCUGUGUGUGGUUGGUAUGAACUUUUCUCUGAUGAGCCACGUAAAGUUGCAUAAAAAAAACCACACGCUAAAAAGAUGUCUGCCAUGACGAAUGUGCAAGAGGAAGAAGAUGCAAUUGGUGGUUUGAUCAACUCUGAUGGAAAAGAGUUAGAAUGGGAUGCUGGCCGCUCUAGUAAGUGGAAAUAGUUUAGUUGUUAAAUGAUGAGACGGGAUGUCAUUCUCUCUGAAAACUAAAUGUCUCUAUGAUCUUUUUCAUAACGUGCUUAAAACCAAUGAUCAACAAUUAGUUAGAAGAAGCCUGGACUCGUCUUGCUGCUGCCAUGUGUGUGGAAAGAAAUUCUUGAACACCAGAGCUCUACAGCGACACCAGAGGACCCACGCUGGAGCCAAACCUCAUAAAUGCUCCCAUUGUGGGACAGCAUUCAGUGUCCUGAACAGACGAAGAAGAGACACCAUUUAAUACACACCAAAGAGAGAUCUUUCUCCUGUCCAGUGUGUGACACGAGAUUUUCUUGCAAGGACAGGCUGAAGGAACACCUCAGCAUACAGGGAUGUUCAGCUAAAGCCAAGGAAGCUGCGGAAGCUUUGGGUGGAGUGGAGACUGCCGACGCUACCGUCAGCUCAGAUACGUCGCGUUUGGAGAUCAAGUCUGAUGGAAAUAGGCCCCUGCAUCACCAUGGCAACCAAGACAACUAUGCUGCAGACAACCACAGCCAAUGGAACGGUGGUCAUUAUACAGCAUUCAUCCCGUGGGACCAAAACCCAAAUAUGUCUCACUGGAAAGCAGCAGAGGGCCACCGGGCUUAUGGUGCUCCAGCAGGAGCAAGCAUACAUUUCAGUGCCUUGCUCAGGGGCACAGUGGAACAGGAGCACUUUAAAGAGAGCUGUCCAGCGGAGCAGCCCUCCUGGGCUUCUGGGACUUCCUCUGUAUCCCCCCCCUCUGAGCCCGGGCUCACCACACCCCUCCCAUACAACACCACAUCGAAGAAAAUGCACCUGAGCGGGAUGGGUCCCGAGUUAAAUCACCAUGAAGAACACAGACCUGAAACGCAGGACCAGGAUGACAGAAAAGAACCUACAGAAGAAACUUUUAAAGGACCAGAACCUGAAAGCAGCUCCAAUGAACAACCUCAGGAAAAGCCGUCUGACGGGCCGAAACAAUGCCGGGGGCUUCGCAGACUCAAGAAGAACUACAACUGUCCGACCUGUGGGAGAGUUUUCUCUCACAACCCUGCUCUGCAACGACACCUUGUGAUCCACUCGGGGAAAAGACCUUUUAAGUGCUUUAUAUGUGGGAGAGGAUUCACGCAGAGCGGAAACCUCAAAACACACAUGAAAGUUCACAAAGGAGAGUUACCAAAUUGGACAUUAGUUCAAGAGAAGAGUCCACCUAAAGAAUCUCCUGUAACAGUUCACGUGUGUGGAGAGUGUGGCAUGGACUUCCCUCAGAAACAACAGCUAGAGGCACACUGCCAGAGUCACAAAAGGCCUUACGCGUGUCCUGACUGUGGCAAGACAUUUAAAAACAAAUAUUAUUUUAAAAUACAUAAGCGCAUUCACUCAGGAGAUUCGAUUUACAUCUGUUCAGAGUGCGGAAAGAGUUGUGUAACAGCAGAUUCGCUUAAAAAACACGAGUUGACGCAUACUGGAGAAAAGAAUUUCCACUGUGAUCAGUGUGGGAGGGCAUUUUCACAAUCCUCCCACCUCAACGUGCACCUCAAGACUCACACUGGAGAGCGGCCUUACCUCUGCUCAAUCUGCGGUAAAAGUUACUCCAAAGCAUCCCAUCUGAAAGUUCACCUGCGAGUUCACACCGGAGAUAAACCGUAUACUUGUGAGAAAUGUGGCAAGUGCUUCUAUUACUCUCAAGGUUAUCGAAAGCAUCUGAUGAUUCACGACAAGAAGCCAAAACCUCCAGCAAAACCCUUGGGGAGACCAAAACAAUAUCAGCUCCAUUGUUUUGUACAAAUGGGCUCUGAAAACCCAGAGGACUUUGGGCCAGCUGUAAUCCUCGCUGAGGAAGAUCAGCAAGAAAUUGGAGGCCUGAUCAACUCCGAUGGAGAAGAAGUGGAUUUCUCAGAUCUCAGUGAGCAAAUAAAUUGUAACAGAGAGAGUGCUAUCCAUGGCAUUGUACCAGCAGAGGCUCCCUCCAAGACGUUUGAUCAAAGUGAGACUGAAAAACCACCGUCUCUCCACAGCUGCUCAGUGUGUGGUAAAGACUUCCCUUACGCCUCUAAACUUCAGCGCCACCUACGCACUCACUCCGGAGAGCGGCCUUUCCCCUGCUCCAUGUGUGAGAAGAGAUUUCCAGAAAAGGGGCUGCUCAUGAUCCACGAAAGGGUCCACACUGGGGAGAAGCCAUUCCCGUGCACUUUCUGUGAGAAAAGAUUUGCCAGUCAGGGUGAGCUCAGACUGCACCGGCGAACGCACACCGGCGAGAGGCCGUAUCACUGCUCCAUCUGUCUGAAGAGCUUUUCCCGACACUGGCAUCUGAAGACUCACUUAGAGGCGAUGCACUCCGAGGUUGUGGCGGGCUUCACGAGGAAGAAGUUUCCAUGUUCGGACUGUGACAAGAGCUGUAACUCGGCAGCUGAGCUGAGAGAUCACCAGAGGACUCACACCGGAGAGAGGCCCUAUCAGUGCUCUUUCUGUGACAAAAGGUUCGCCUUGUCGGGAACACUUGUGAGACACGAGCGCCUCCAUACUGGCAUCACGCCCUACCACUGCUCCGACUGCGGUAAGACAUUUGCACAGCAGUGGACUCUGACGACACACAUGCGGACUCACACGGGGGAAAAGCCUUACAGCUGCACACAGUGCGAUAAGUCUUUUGUAGCUCCAGGAGAGCUUCGGAGGCACACCAGGAUUCACACAGGAGAAAAGCCGUACACCUGCGAGGACUGUGGGAGGCACUUCUCACUGGCAGGAACUCUCAGAAACCACAAACGAUCGUGUACACAGAACAAGAAUGGCUCAGUUCCAGGUGUAAUCUCAGACCCAGUUCAAGCUGUGGCUGGCGAAUCAUCCCAGCAAGACCUGGCCAACAACAUCUGCUCUGAGGGAGAGACAGCACACAGCCAUUACAAAGUGUCUGACAGUCAGAGUUUGCCCAGUGCAGAUGAGCCCCAUUCCUCAGAGGAUCAUAGCUGUGACAAAGCAGCCCAGUGUGGAAAUAACUCCCAAGAACCAGAAGACCGACCGGAGGACGUCACUUCCAGUCCACCUAUGAAUGUAAUAGUGAAAGAGGAGGAAGAAGAGGAACCCUUGUGUGAAGAAGCUCCUGACCAGCUGUCUGGUAGUGAGGAUUGCACCAUUCAGGAGGAAACUGAAGAGCAGCAUCAGGAAAGCAACGCAGAAAUUAGGAUAACGGUAAAGGAGGAAGAAGAGGAACUUGUGAACACGUCGGGAGAGGAUCCUGACCGUGUCUCUGGCAGUGACAAAGACAGCGCUCCAGCCUCACCAGGGCCGGAAGAGUGUAGCGACAAUCUGACAAAGAGCUCUUACUGCUGCGGGCUCUGUGGGAGAGACUGUCACAAGAUGUCGGCGCUUCAGAUUCACAUGCGAAUUCAUUCGGGUGAGAAGCCUUACCAGUGCAGUCUGUGUGGAAAGCAGUUCACCCAGAAAGGUCAGCUCAAGGGUCACCAGAAAGUCCACACGGGAGAGAAACCGUUCUCCUGCCCAGACUGCGGGAAGUGCUUCGCCCACUCGGGGGCCAUGAACAGACACCGGCUCACACACACAGGAGAGCGGCCCUACCACUGCUCGGUGUGCGACCGGAGCUUCAACCAGUCUGGCCGCUUGAGGGAACAUGAGAAGAUCCACUUCGGGGAGAAGUUUGACUGUCCCGAAUGCGAAAAGAGUUUUACCCGAGCUUCGAGCCUCAAGAACCAUUUCAGGCUACACACGGGCGAGAGGCCGUACGGCUGCGACAUCUGCGGGCGAGGCUUCAGCCGCUCCCAAAGCCUGAGGCUCCACAAACGGAAACACGAGCAGAUUCACACUGAGGAGGAGUCUGGAUUCAGCGCGAAGAACGACGAUUCAUCGCAGAGUGACGAUAACUCUCCGAUUAAUAUGUGUAUAGCAGACAAAAAUGACUGAAAAUGUAUUUAUUUAAACUGCAGAGAUAUGUACCAGUAGUAUUGUAACGAUAGAAUGAAGAUUUUAGGCAGUAAAACGUGAACUGAAAAAGUUCGGGGACUACCUCUGUGAAAGAACUGUCAUUAAAACUAUGUGGUGGUUCACAUAAAAGUAUUAAAGCUAAAAUAUUUAACUCCCUGAAAUGAAUAAACGCACACGUGUCAGGUGAUGUUCAGCAACUAACACUUUCCGACAAAAUGACCAAACACAUUUACUACAAACACAACUUUCGUAAAAUCUUGGAAACUGUUAAGAUGAUAGAUUUUAGAGGUCCUAUUUAUUCUCUUUAUCACUCUUACCUAAGUUAGUUGCAACAAAAUAUCACACUCACAUUUAGAGUAUUUACUGUAGUGCAAAUGACUUAUUUAAGGUCUGUGAUUUCUAGGGCUGUCCUCGACUAAAGAAAUUCUUAGUCGACUAACACUUUUAGGAUUUUGUCGACUAAUCGAUUAGU